AUGUCACGCUUCCGCAUCAUCGAACACAUUGUGCCGGCCCAGCAUACUCGAGACCGAUAUGCAGGCGCGGAGCUGGGACGUGAAAACGACUUACGGCUGCAUGUGAAACAGUAUAUACCGAGAAACAACCCUACGCCCAGACCUGGAGACGUGACUAUCAUCGGCGCCGUAGCGAAUGCCUAUCCCAAGGAGAUCCAAGAACCACUAUGGGACGAUCUACUACUGCGACUGGACUCCAAAGGUCGCAACAUUCGCGCGAUAUGGGUGGCCGAUCCAGUGAACACUGGCCACAGUGGUGUAUUGAACGAAGCUAUACUAGGACCUGACCCAAGCUGGCUGGAUCACGGACGAGAUCUGCUCUUCCUGAUCAACCAGUUCCAAAGUGACAUUCCUCGCCCAAUUAUAGGCAUUGGCCACAGUAUGGGCGCUUCACAUCUCACACAUUUGGCCCUUCUCCACCCACGAUUGCUGGAUGCCCUGGUGAUCAUGGAUCCGGUCAUACAACUUGUGCACGGCGACCAACAAUGGGCUCAAGCUUCCACAUAUCGACGCGACCUCUGGCCUUCCCGUCAAGCAGCUGCGGAGAAGCUGAGAUCAAGCAGAGCUUUGCAAGCCUGGGACUCACGCGUUUUGGACAAGUACAUCGAAUAUGGACUGCGUGAACUUCCGACAGAGCUGUACCCUGACAUUCCAGCAGAUAGUGGAUCAGAUACACCAGUCACACUGCAGACUACGAAAAGCCAGGAACUCUUCAAUUACAUCCGGCCAAUAUAUCAUGACGAUCGUAUGCUUCUGAGCCCUGACGAAGUCUAUCGAGACUUUCAUCCCGAGGACAUCAUACCUGAAGCAACCUUCGCACGACAUGAAAGUAAAUGGCUGUAUCGUCGACUACCAGAGCUUCGUCCAAGUACCUUGUUCAUUUUCGGUGCCAAGUCUGAAGUCUCCUCCGCAGAAGCUAUCGAAGACAAGUUAGCCAUCACAGGGACUGCGCCAGGUGGAAGUGGUGGCCGGGUCAAAGGAAAAGUGCAAAGUGCCGUUCUAGAUUGUGGCCACCUCGUGCCAUUGGAGAGGCCAGCGGAAGCCGCAGAAUUGUGUGCAACGUUUGUCCAUGCAGAAUUGGCGAGGUGGAAAGCUGACGAGAAGGAUCGGAGACAACGGUGGGAGCAGUUCUCGAGAAAGCAGAGGGUCGAGAUUAACGAUUUGUGGAGGAAGAAUGUUGGGCCGCCACCUGGACGAACGACGAAGCGAUCUGAAGGCGAAACGAAGCUCUGA